CAGGUCAUUCCAUGUUUCAGGCAAAGGUUCAUCAUCGAGACGGAAAAGAAUCAUUGCACUCCCCAGUUAAGUUCGGGAAAGGUCACUAGCAGCGGGGGCUAAUUCCGAACGUGCUUCUCAAAUAAAUACGUACGGAGACAACACAGUAGUGCUUGUGGGAGGCUUGCUCGUGCCAUAAGUUGUGUGAUCACGGUAAUACUCAUUCUCCAGCUCAUUCAGGAGUGAAGAAUGAUGUAAAAGAGCGAGCAAAAAAAUGGGAUACCUUUUUACAUCUUUCAUCUCAUAGUGUGUCAAUCAUUGAGGAAUUUAGGUCAAGUCUUCAAUGACUGAUAGGCGAGAUCUUGUCACUAUGUUGUCACGGAAAAGGAGAUGCUGCUACUUCUUCGCGGCUCUCACCUUCAUCUGCGCAUGCUCUGUGAUCUUCCCACCAAGUGACAUGCGCUUAGCGUUCGCCGACUACCUGACGCGCAGCAAUGGGGAGACGCGGCGGCUCCUGCAGAACAGUGUCGUGAAAUCGGCGCCAGCUGCCGGCCUGAGGGCAGUACCAAAAGCCUCCAAGAAGGAAGAGAGUAAGAGCGAGAAGGAUAAGUAUCGAGUGCCGAUCUUUUGGGACGACGGUGAGUUCAUGGAUGAUGACGAGCCUGAUGAACAAGGUGGUGAUCGUAAAAUGGAAGAGAAGACGCAUGGGGAAGUAGCGAAGAAGGGGGAAUCUGCAUCCGCGCUGGAAAGGAACAAUGUGACCAAAACCGAAACCGCCAAAGACACCGCAAAGUCGAACCCCAGUAACAGUUCACUCGAGAAAACCCAGGUACAGAAAAAUAUAAAAAAUGAAGGCACUAUGGCUGUCCUUGAUUACAAAAUGUCUCAGUUCCAGACUGCUAAGUAUAAUGACAAGUUAGAAUCGGUCAAGUCACAGAGUGGAGAAGCCAAUGAAACAGAAGAGGCUACGAGCAGAGUCCUUCCGGUUCAUCUCCUCAUCGUCACACAAAGAAGAUCAGGGUCUAGUUUCUUGGGACAGAUCUUCAAUCAGAACCCAUGGGUAUUUUUCCAUUUUGAGCCCCUGAAACUUCUUGAAAUUAAGAAAAAGGUGUAUCCGAAUGCUUCCUCUCUCCUCGCAAAUUUACUGACAUGUCGUUUUGACAGAACUCCUUACCUCACCGACUUUUAUAACCACGAAACGCUGCAUAGAAUGUCCAGUAAGGUGCUUUGUUCACCACCCCUGUGUGUGACGAACGUGGACUACAACAAAAUGAGGUCAAGCACCGUCAAACAAUGUGGACCACUCGAAGCUGAGGCCAUGACCAACCUCUGUAACGUAUAUCCACACAAAGUGGUGAAACUUAUUCGCUUAUACAGCGUCGAGUCCCUAACACCAUUACUGAAGGACAAAGACAUCAACCUGAAGAUCAUCCAUCUCUUGCGCGAUCCAAGAGGGACGUUGUCCUCAAGAUCGAAGGAGGAUCCAAAGCGGACCAAACCACUGUCACUGGGCAAGAGCCUCAGUCACGAUGCUGCCUACAUCUGCCGCAGGAUGAAACACAACUUCAACUUUGCUCAUAAGAACCCGGAACUACUUCGGAGUCGCUAUCUCAGGGUCAGGUACGAGGACAUAGCCACCGAUCCUGAAGGCUGGACCGCAGCUCUCUACAAGUUUGCGGGAAUGGGGGAUGUCCCUGUCAACGUGCACAACUGGAUCCAGCAAAAUACGCGCGAAAGCACAUCGGAGGCCUCACGUGACAUCUACUCCACGCAUAGAAACUCUUCGGCCAAUGCGCAGGCGUGGCGUCAUCACGUGACUUUUCCCGUCGUCAGGGAGAUACAAAAGUAUUGUAGUGAGGUCAUGGAGGAGGCGGGUUACAGACAGGUCAAGGAAGCGGGUGACCUGCAGAGGACUGAUUUAAGUUUUGUUGCCCCAAUCACGUGAUAAAUUUAUCAUCACCAUAUUAUGCGCCAUUUUUUCUACGAUGCAAUACUAUUUAAUCAUUUUUGGUUUUCAUAUUUUGUAGGACGAGAAUUUCAAAGAGGAGAAUAGGUCGGGCAUCCUUACUGCUUGUUUUUAAUUUUUUUUCUUGCAAUCAUAAACAUUUCCCUGGAAACAUUAAUAUAUUACGCAUGAUUAUUAAUAAUAAUAAUAAUGUGUCUUGUUUACCCAGGGUAGCCUCAUCAGUAUUCAUACUGUUCUCCCUGAGGGCCCUGCAAUCAUAAUUAUUAUUACCCCGGUCAUCGGAUUCAGGCUUACCCGCACACAAUGUAUGCAUAUUCAUUAUGUUUUGAUAUGCCCUUUUGGGGGAGGGGGGGGGGGUUCGCGGGGGAGGGCAACAAAUAUGGCGUCUUAGGAAUAGUGCGCAUGGCUCAAACUAAGCAGCUGAAAGUAGAAAACCAUGCAUUGAGGGAAUGCGGCUAUGCGUUCAAUCAAACUCAUUAAAUUUUCAUUUUUAAAGUACACGUUAGCUAUAGCUGUCAAAAUCAUUUUGAAUUACGUACUAUUAAACAUUUUCAAAUAUUAAUUAUUUGUUUGUUUUCAAAUCGUUCAUAACAUUUAUUUGAUGUCGUAGAGGGAAAAGAGAUCCGAAAAUGUUAACAACAGGAUUUGUAUAGUUUAUAUAAAGACCACGGCUACCCUUUCUACACGCGUCCGCUUGCCAAAAUCUGCAAACAACAACCGACGAUAUGAAACUAUACAGUCUUUUGGGCAGACUUAACUUUUUGAAGAAUGCCUAUAUGCACAUAUUUUGUUUUCUUAUUCCACACUGUGUCAGAAGUGAUUUAAAUAAACGUUUUGUCAUGUACUUUCUAUGGGCAACAAUGGACAUGCCAAUUUCAUGAGAGGUUUUGAUUUUCCUUUUUAAAUACAAGUUCGAUAAUUUUCGAAACGCCUAUUAGAUCGAUUUCAAUAUUUUGCUUUGUACAGACAAGUUUUAGUGAUCCAUUUACAAGCAUAUAUAUGUAUCACAUUGGAAAAAAAUAAUAGAUAAAACAGUGUUCGUAUCUGAUUGUGUGUAUGUAAAUCAAUUUCCGUCUACUCUGAUUAUUUGGUAAGAAUCGCGAUAUUGUGACAGUGAACUUAAUUACUGCCUUUUGUGGGAACAAAGCAUUAACUAUCGUAAAUAUAUGUUUCUUGAAAAUAGUUUUCUGCCUUUAAUCUUUGUUUUAAAUGCUUUCAUUGACCAAACGUCUUCCAAUGCUGCUUUAACUUGAUUAUGUUUGUAAAUUAUGCCAUUUUGAUGAUAUUCAACUAUGUGUGAUUCUAUUUCGUUUAUUAUGUUAUAUUAUGCAAUUACAGACAUGUUGAUAAUCAAUUUAUAUUAUUAUGUGGCCCCUGACCCCCCUCCCCCUUUCUCCAAUCCCCCUUAUUUCUUGUCGUAUUUCGAAUUUGAGGGCAUUUUAAGAGGAAUCUUUUUCAGGGGAUAUUUAUGCUAAAUACUUCCGAAUUGACAUUAAAGAAUGCGUAAGCUCACAAAUUAUCUGUCGUCUUUACCCGAACCCAAACUUUUCUUGUAUCGUACAUGUUAGCAUCUAAUAAUAAUAAUGAUAUUCACAUUUGUAUAAGAAGGAGAAGAUGAACUAAACUUUUUCAUGCCUUUUUAAAUUGCUGAUCUUUAUGCAUUAUGUCAAACAGUACACUUUGAUUAUAAGUUUGUUGAUUGUUGUUUAACAUGAUUAUUUGUGUGAAUUUGUCAUGGUGUUUUGCAUUGUUGUUACUCUUUCAGAUGUUUGGUAUUUUGGUAUUAUUGUGAAAUUUAUAUGUUCGUGGUCUUGGUUUAGAUGGAAUUAUCUUCUAUCAUAAUUUAUAAUAAAAACACAUCAUUAAAAAAAAAAA